AUGGAGGCCAAGGGGAACAUAUUGAGCAUUCAGUCCCAUGUCGUUCAUGGCUAUGUGGGAAACAAAGUCAGCACCUUUACUUUGCAGCUAAAGGGCUGGAAUGUGGACUCUGUCAACACUGUCCAGUUUUCAAACCAUCCAGCCUACAAGUCCUUCAAGGGCUUCAGAUAUCCUAACCACGAAAUCAAAGACAUUUUGCUUCAAUUGAUAGAUGAGCUAGAGUUCAGAUAUGACAUUGUUUUGACUGGAUACAUCCCAAGCCCAGAAACGCUAUCGAUCAUCUUUGAGUCUAUGCAGUAUCGAAACAGCCUUGAUAGCAACGAUAGCAAUGCUUUAAAAUGGUUUUUGGAUCCGGUGAUGGGUGACAAUGGCAAACCAUAUGUCGACGAGAAAAUUUUACCAGUCUAUAAAGAUAUAUUGAAAAGUGGUUUGGUAUAUUUAAUCACGCCAAAUCAGUUUGAGUUACAGCUCUUAAUAGACGAAAAUUAUAGCUCAAUUAAUAACAUAUGUGACUACUUGACAAAAUCUUUUAAGAAAUUUCAUGAAUUAUAUCCCAAAAUUGAUAAUGCUAUAAUAACAUCAAUUCAAGUUAAAGAUGACAAUGAUAACAUCUACAUUGCUGGUUAUUCAAAGGAAAAGAUCUUUUACUAUAAGAUUCCUAUAAUAAAAGCAAUUUUUAGUGGAAGUGGGGAUCUUUUAUCAUCAAUCUUAUUAGAUUCAUAUCACAAAUACAUUAAUGAUGAUAUUCCUUUAGUCAACGCCCUAAAUAAUACUUUAUCAAUUGUUUAUAAAGUCUUAGAACUAACUUAUAAUUAUGAAAUUUAUACAAAUUCAAACAAGACUACCAAAAAUUUCGAUAAUGAAAUAAUUAAAGUAAAUGAUUUGAGAUUAAUUGAAUCCAUAAAAUUAUUGAAUGAUUCCGAGAAUUUUUUGUUUUAUAAACCAAUGUUUAUAAACCAAUAG